UGGAAUCGGCACUAUCGAGCAGGAUCAACCUCUUGCAUAACAGCCAGCGCUGGCGCAGCUUGCAUGGUACUGGCUCAGCUCUGUUUGCACGAAAGUGGAUUGAAACAGAUGGGCCUUUCGAUGUAGCCCAGAGGAGCAGGUGGUCUACAGAAUCUGGGAGUGAUUCAACCUGUGGAAUUCGUGGUAGAGUUGGACUGGAGUUGGUUGUGCGGUGGACUAGAUUCUUGUCCAAGGAAUUAGCUAUGGAGAGUAGAGGUAGGUGAUUGAAUUUUAGAUCUAGAGGGGGGAAGUAGUGUGUUCGGAUCUAGUUGGAAAGGUUUGUGACCAUGGCUUCAGAGAAGGGGGAUGCGGGUUUUGAUAACAGUGGCCGAAGAGGGCCAUCGCUGGUGGGCAGCAUGAGUGGCAACAUGCGGGGGAAAUGGGGGAUCUUGGGCAUGAUGGACAACGCUUUGGAGAGAGCCUCUGCUUCCCGACGCGAGGACGCUUUGGAUGACGAGGAGGCGUUGAAGUGGGCGGCCGUUGAGCGCCUGCCGACUUACGAUCGCGUGCGCACAAGCAUCUUUCGUGACCCCGCUACAGGGAAAACAAAGCAGGUGGACGUUAGGGAGCUCACACCGCUGGAGACCAAUGAGCUGCUUCAAAAGCUUAUUGCGGAAACACAGGACGAAAACAACCUCCUUCUGCUCAAACUGCGGAAACGCCUCGACAAGGUUGAAAUUGACCUGCCAAAGAUUGAAGUGCGCUAUGAGAAUCUUUCAAUCGAGGCCGAUUGCUACGUUGGCCACCGCGCUCUGCCAUCGAUGUGGAACACUACGCGGAAUUUUGUGGAGACCAUACUGGACAAACUUCAUAUCUCGGUUGCCAAGAAGACUAAGCUGUCCAUUCUGGACAACGUCAGCGGGGUAGUCAAGCCUGGCAGGAUGACGCUGUUGCUCGGUCCUCCUGGUUCUGGGAAGACAACGCUCCUCUUGGCAUUAGCAGGAAGACUUGCAAAGGACUUGCGUGUCACAGGGAAAGUAACGCUCAAUGGAAACACUCACGAUAAGUUUGUGCCGCAAAGAACAGCAGCCUACAUCAGUCAACGUGACCUUCACGUCGGUGAAAUGACCGUUCGAGAAACAUUGGAAUUCUCUGCUAAAUGCCAGGGUGUUGGUACACGAUACGAGCUUUUGGAGGAAGUCACUAGGAGGGAAAAGGCGGCUGGAAUCUAUCCCGAGGCAGAUGUAGAUACCUUUAUGAAGAUGACAGCAGUUUCGGGGCAGCAGCAGAGCGUUGGAACAGAUUACACGUUGAAGAUAUUGGGAUUGGAUGUGUGUGCGGACAUUAUGGUUGGCAAUGAAAUGCGACGCGGCAUUUCAGGUGGUCAGAAGAAGCGAGUGACGACGGGUGAAAUGAUUGUUGGACCAUGUACCGCACUGUUCAUGGACGACAUUUCGACGGGGCUGGACAGCUCGACCACAUUUUCGAUUGUGAGGACCUUGGGUCAGUUCACAAGAUUGAUGGAUGCCACCGUGGUGGUGUCACUACUCCAGCCAGCUCCCGAAACCUUCAACCUUUUCGAUGAUAUCAUUCUUCUGUCUGAGGGCCAGUGCGUGUACCACGGCCCUCGGGAGCAUGUCAUGAGUUUCUUUGAAUCCUGCGGGUUCAAGUGCCCUGAGCGGAAGGGCAUUGCGGAUUUUUUGCAAGAGGUGACGUCGAUGAAAGAUCAGGAACAGUACUGGGCUGACAGUCAACGGCCAUACCGGUACAUUCCUGUGGGGGAGUUUUCUGAAAAGUUCAAGAAAUUCCACAUCGGCGCCGCAAUGCUGCAGGAGCUGUCUGUGGCAUUUCCCAAAGAGAGAAGCCACCAAGCUGCACUGGCCCGAGAAAAAUACGCUAUGUCUAUAACCGAGCUUUUCAAGACCAACUUUGCCAAGGAAGUACUCCUUUACAAACGAAAUGCGGUGGUUUCAGUCUUUAAAAUUUUGCAGGUUACAAUAGCUGCAUUCAUUUCCAUGACUGUCUUUUUCCGAACGAGAUUAGAGCACAAGACUGUAGAAGAUGCCACGGUUUACUUAGGCGCUGCAUUUUAUGCAAUAAUGUCCGUCAUGUUUGGUGGGUUCGGAGAGCUCGCCAUGACGAUUGAACGUCUCCCUGUGAUCAUCAAACAACGUGAUCUUUUGUUCUUUCCAGCAUGGUCAUACGCCCUUUCGGCCUUUUUAUUAAGCAUCCCCGCUUCUAUACUCGAGUCUUUGGUGUGGGUGGGCGCGACAUACUACGUGACUGGAUAUGCUCCUGAAGUAACCAGAUUUCUGAAGCAGAUAUUUCUGCUGUUCAUGGUGGAGCAGGUGGCUGGUGGCAUGUUCCGUUUCUUCGCUGGCUUGUGCCGCACCAUGAUCCUGGCCCAAACUGUAGGAAAUGGUUGCAUUCUCAUCUUUUUCAUGUGCGGUGGUUUCCUCCUCCCUCGCCCAGAGAUUCCCGGUUGGUGGAUUUGGGCCUACUGGAUCUCUCCCAUGACUUAUUCCUACCAGGCAAUCAGUGUCAAUGAGGGUUUCGGUGAUCGCUGGCAACAACCGGUUCCGGGAGGCAACACAACAGUGGGGGUCACCGCUCUAUUAGCCCGUGGCCAGUAUCCAUAUGAGUAUUGGUAUUGGAUCGGAGUGGGAGCUCUUGUUGUUUUGACUAUCUUGUACAAUAUUGGCUUCACCCUUGCGCUAACUUUCAUGCCUGCUGUGGGAACGCCUCAAGCAAUCUUGUCUGAAGAGGAUCUUGCAAUAAAGGAAGCAGCCAAAAAGGGAGAAACGCUUGAUGCGACUGCAAUGUUCCGAACACACCACAACUUGUCACGAAGAGCAUCAGCUAAAAAUCUUCAAGGAACCUCCCCGAAAAGGGAAGUGACGAAGAGCAAAAGUGGAGGCAGGCGCAUGAUUGUACCCAAGGAGGCAAGGGGCAUGGUUCUCCCUUUUGAACCCUUGUCCAUCUCCUUCGAUGAUAUCAGCUACUACAUCGACAUGCCUGCUGAAAUGAAGCACGAGGGGGUAACAGAGUCCAAGCUAAAGCUGCUCAACAACAUCACAGGCUCCUUUAGACCUGGAGUUUUGACAGCCUUGGUAGGGGUGAGUGGGGCCGGAAAGACCACUCUUAUGGACGUCUUGGCAGGACGGAAGACAGGUGGGUAUAUAGAAGGAGAGAUUAGGAUUGCAGGGUAUCCCAAAGUUCAGGAGACAUUCGCAAGGAUUGCGGGCUACUGUGAGCAGAAUGAUAUUCACUCGCCACAACUCAACGUGCUAGAGUCGCUGCUGUACUCCGCUUGGCUUCGUCUUUCACCUGACAUCACUGAUGAAGAUAAAAAGAAAUUUGUGGACCAAGUUAUGGACCUCGUGGAAUUGAACCCUAUAGAGAACGCGUUGGUUGGAUUGCCUGGUAUUUCUGGGUUGUCCACGGAACAGAGAAAGCGUCUUACCAUAGCGGUUGAGUUGGUUGCUAAUCCUUCUAUAAUCUUCAUGGAUGAGCCUACCAGUGGCCUUGAUGCUCGUGCAGCGGCAAUUGUGAUGCGAACUGUCCGUAACACAGUGGACACUGGCAGAACUGUUGUGUGCACCAUCCAUCAACCUAGCAUAGACAUUUUUGAAGCUUUCGAUGAGUUGUUGCUUCUGAAGCGUGGAGGUGAAGUCAUUUACAAUGGACCGUUAGGACACAACUCUGACAAACUUAUCGAAUACUUCCAGGCUAUACCUGGAGUUCCUAAAAUCGAGGACGGAUCUAAUCCAGCCACAUGGAUGUUAGAAGUCACCAACAGUAGCGUUGAGAAAAAAGUCGGUGUGGACUUCGUAGAUAUUUAUUUGAAAUCGGAUCUUUAUCGGAGCAACAAGAAACUUGUGGAAGACCUUAAAACCCCUCUACCCGGCUCCCAGGAUUUGUACUUCCCAACACAAUUCCCUCAAAGUUAUCCAAAACAGCUUCAGACGAUCUUAUGGAAGAUGAACAUUACUUACUGGCGCAGCCCAGAUUACAACUUAGUCCGCUUCAUCUUCACCCUCUUUAUGGCGUUGAUAUUUGGCACCCUGUUUUAUCAAGUCGGCAUGAAAAGGACCAAUUCAACAGAUUUGUUCAUAGUUUUGGGUGCUCUUUACGGAACAUGCAUUUUCUUAUGCUUCACCAAUUGCGGUGCUGUGCAACCUGUGGUUAGCAUCGAGCGCACUGUGUUUUACAGAGAGAAAGCAGCCGGCCUGUACGCUGCUAUGCCAUACGCAAUAGGACAGGUCCUGGUAGAAAUCCCCUAUGUGCUUCUGCAAGUGAUCCUAUAUGCAGCAAUCACUUACUCACUGAUAGGGUUUGACUGGACGGCUGCCAAAUUCUUCUGGUUCCUGUACAUUCUCUUCUUCGGCGUGCUGGCAUUCACAUACUACGGCAUGAUGAUGGUGGCGCUAACUCCGAACGCCACUCUUGCUAUCAUUUGCGCCUCCUUUUUUUAUGCCCUCUUCAACCUCUUCUCCGGCUUCUUGAUAGUCAAAACGAAAAUUCCUCCGUGGUGGAUCUGGUACUACUGGAUGUGUCCCAUUUCCUGGGUCUUCAGUGGCCUUGUCAACUCCCAGUUCGGCGAUGUCACCACAUCGCUUACAAUCACCGGCACCGAUGGGCAAACCCAGAUAGUGAAAGACUACAUCAAGGACUACUUCGGAUUUGAUGAGAGCUUUCUCAAGUACAAUGCCAUUGGGGUGGUUGCUUGGACUUGUUUCUUUGCCUUUAUUUUUGUUCUAGCCAUCAUGAGGCUGAACUUCCAAAAGCGUUAGGCUCCAGUUGGAGUUCAAACAAAAGAAAAUAACUAGCUCUGCUUGCUUUGUUCAAAUGGGUUAAUCACAUCUAUAUGCAAGAGAUAAGUUGGGUCUUCAAAUAUACUGCACCUCCACACUUAGCUUUCUAACCCUUUCUUCAUCCUGCAGAUUAUUUAACUAACCCUUUGCAUUGACAGCCCACCUCUGAAUCUAUCCGACCAGUUUAAAUUAGACUAUUGUUAGAGCUGUAGCUUUUUGUAAAUCAUUUAUUCAUAGGCAGUUCCUGUAUCGUAUGACUUUUGGCUGCCGUGUACGAAAGAAUUUAAUGCAAACGAUAAAUUUUCUUCAUUUCCAUUAAAACUA